AGUUUUUGAUAUUCCUGUCUUUUACAGAACUGUAUAGCUUUGGAUGGAGAACGUAACAACGUUAACUCCUCUCAAACAGCCCAUCGUGUUCGAGCUGGAGGGCUUCCAUAUACCACCAGGCUAUGGCUCUUUCUUGUUCUUCCUGGCUCUGUUAAACUACAUUGUAGUGCUGUUGGGGAACGGUGUGGUGGUGUGUGUCAUUGUCAUAGACAAGAACCUGCACCGACCCAUGUUUGUGAUGGUUUGUAAUCUGGUGGUCUGUGAUCUGCUGGGGGCCACUGCGGUGCUGCCUCGCCUCAUGAUGCACUUUUUGACCGGGGAGAAGAGGAUGGCCUACAUCCCAGCGAUCGCCCAGGCCUUCUCUGUGCACAUGUAUGGUGUUGCAGUGCAGACUAUUCUGGCUGCAAUGGCUUAUGACAGGUACAUUGCUGUGUGUGAACCGCUCAGGUAUCACGCCAUCAUGACAUCAGCUCGGCUGCACUCCUGCUGUGCCCUGGCGUGGUUUGUUGCUGUGUUGUGUAUUGCUGUGCUCUUCGGCUUCCACAUGAAUGUCCCACUGUGUGGCAAUAUCAUCAAACAUGUCUACUGCAGCAACCGUGCCAUCCUGAGCCUGGCCUGCAGGUCCACCCCCACAAACAACAUCUAUGGUCUGUCGAUGACCUGGUCUGUGAGUACAGGAAUCUUCAUCAUCAUUGCUUUUUCCUACUUCAGAAUCCUGCAUGCUUCUCUAAAACAAAGUGGAGACAGCUGUGUUCGCAGUAAGGCCUUUCAGACAUGUGCUUCACACCUUGUUGUGUAUGUGCUCUAUGAAAUAGCUGCAAUGAUCAUAAUCCUGAGUCAGAGGUUCCCCUCAGCCUCCCACAACAUCAAGAAGUUCUUCAGCAUCCUGUUUAUUAUCAUUCCACCAACCAUCAACCCCGUUAUCUACGGAUUGGUCAGUAAAGAGUUACGUUCCAGCAUCAUCAAGCAUUUUAUCAACCAAAUCAGUUUAAAGAAAAUUAGAGGGGUUUAA